AGCGAGGCACUCCGCCGAACGUAUUUAGUUAGUACACGCCGAGUGUUCGACUAAGUUAGUCACGCUGCCCGAUUUCGCGACGACCGCUCCACGCGUAUACAAAAACGUUGACCGCACAGUGCUCCACAACGUAAACAAAACAGUGUGAGAGUUAAGUGUUUAUUGUGUAAUGUGACGAUUAUGACCAGUGUUCUAAAAAAGUCUAAAGGCACAAAAGGUAAAUCAGAAUCCAUGCAAGAGGACCUGCCUUCGAGAUGGGGGAAUGACUCCCGAGGGAUGGAAGAUGUAGGCAAACUUAUCAAGUACAUCGAUGACAGUAUUAUUGGCAAAGGAAACUCGUUUUGCGGACCAUUUGGAAGGAGGAAAGUUGUAUACUGCGACUACAAUGGCUCGGGCCGCACGCUGCAGUGGGUCGAGGACUACAUCGCCAGGGACGUGCUACCGACGCACGCCACCAGGUGUACGGCUCUCUCGUACACUUCUGGACAGAGCGAGAUUUACAGAUCGGAAUCGAAAGCAAUAAUCCGGAGUGCAGUGGGAGCAUGUCCAGAAGACGUGGUGAUCCUCGGGGCCACCCUGCCGAGGUUCCUCCGAGCCCUCCGGCCGGAGAAGGUGGCCCUCUUCGUGUCCUCCAGGGAGACGGAGCGGCUGCUCAUCACGUGGAGGGAAGUCGGUGCUGAGAUAAUCAAGAUACCCGAAACCAAAGAAGGGUUUAUUGACCUGAACAACCUUGAGCAAAAAUUGCAGCUGCACGCUGGCACAGGAAAGAAGAUGAUCGGUUUCUUCCCAGCAGCUUCAAAAUUGACUGGUGUCUUGGCUGAUGACGUAGCCACCACCUUGCUUCUACACCAAUACGAGGCUCUGUCUUUCUGGGACUACACUCUGGUGGCACCAUCCUCAGCUGUAGACAUGAAUCCGACCUUCCCAGGAGUGGAUGAGCAGAUGGUGAAGAAGGACGCGCUGUUCUUCAACUGUGAGAAGUUUGUUGGGGGAGUCCAAGGACCAUGUAUCGCUGUGGUGAAGAAAGAAGUGUUCAAAGACACGCCUUUGUAUUGUGAGGAUGUUGAGAUGCUGUCAGAGAGAAUAGAAGAGCUGAAGACUACAGAGGCGGUGCGAGCAGCAAUCGUGAUGCAGCUGCGUGAUGCCGUCGGUCUUCAGAUCAUCGCGGAGAGGCAGGACUAUAUUACCAGACAAGUGCUCUCCCACAUAAAGAACAUCCCCGAGCUGAUAGUCCUCGGCCACGAGUCUCCCACAGUCAGACGGCUGCCCAUCUUCUCCAUCAUGGUGAAGCACCCUCGAGGAACCUUCCUCCACCACAACUUCGUCUGUGCAGUCCUGAACGACGUCUUCGGGAUCCAGGCUAGGGGAGGACUGAGCAGCAAUCUGAACUACGGGUCAGAUAUUCUGGGGAUUGAUGACCAGCUCUUGAGAGAGUACGAGAAGUUACUGGAUGUUGAAGCACAAAGAGAAAUCUCGCGAGUUCGGAAACUAAGCGACGUGAAGGCACCAGACGUUCCAAUUUACAAUGAGCACCUCCGACCAGGAUUCUGCAGGGUGUCUCUCCCUUUCUUCAUGUCGGAGAGCGAGCUGGCCUUCGUUUUGGAGGCUUUGAAGAUGGUCGCCACCGAAGGCUGGAAGAUACUGCCACAGUAUGUCGUGAACCCGCAAACAGGACAAUGGAGGCACCACACGUGCUCCAUUUUAAGAGACAAGAAAUCUUUGUAUUCCCUGAGAUUCAAUGAUGGAAAAGUCACAUCUCAUGAAAGAAGAGUUUCUGGACCCGGCAUAUUCCCCCAAACAUACACGGAAUGCUUACAGACUGCAAGAAACCUCUUCAAUAGAGCAAGAAAGCUUGCCAUGAAAUGCACAACAGCUGAACCCGAAGUCACAUUCAAUCCUCGCAUAGACUAUUUGAGAUGGUUCAUGCUGCCAAAGGAAGCGCACGACCUUUUACUCGGACGAUCGGCUAAUGUCAAACAUAUUGUGCCAUUUGACCCGUCAGGGUACACAGGGGCGAGGAAGAGUCUAUACAUCUCCAGGUCUUCCAUUACUUCCUCCCCCACACUAGGGUCAUCGCCGAGACAUUUCAGCUUAUCAGCUAUUGAUGAUUGCCAAAUAUUUAGACUGAAACAAAAACAGAAGUUCUUCUCGAGAGAAUCAAGUCUUAAAGAAACGCAAAAAGAAGACACUAUGUCACAUCCAGUUCAGUUUGCGCUAGGGGAAUCUGUAUCGCCCCUGCGUCUCAUUCCUUCUGCAAGAAAACCAAUGUUAAUGAGAUCCAGGUGCUACAGCUUAGGCUCUGAUAAUCCACCAGUAGCUCUGAGUGCGCAAACUAAACUAAAUCUCGGUCUCAAAGAAGCCAGCCCAAAUAAUACAAAUGAAAAAGCAAGCAUGUUUUGCAACUGUGGAAGUCAGACUGAUCUCCAGUCCUUAGACGACCCAAUGAUCUCACCCGGAAAGGCAUUCUCGUACAGCACCCAGAGCAGCACGUCUGCUUCGGAUUGUAGUCAAGUGGGACGAGUUUCACCUACAACGUCACUAACCUCACAAACAUCAGAAGAUAUUCAGGCAUACGUUAAGGAAAUGACGAGAGAAAUUGCCACUGAAAUCAAGUCUGAAAUACGUGAGGUUAUCUCUAAAGUAGACGAUAUUUUAGAGAACUCAGAUGCUCUUGAACAGUCGAAUGCAAGCAUGACCUCUAUAUCUAGUCAAAACGAAAGAAAUUCGGUAUCGGUCAUAGAUGUAGCGGAAUAUUUGAUGGGCAUGUCGAGAGAAAUGGCGUCGGAGGUAAAACAUGAAAUCCGAGAGAUGGUUAAUCAGGUGGAUGAAAUGAUAUCUCCAGAUUAUAAUGGCACAAGUUCCAGAAAGAGUUCACCACCUCAGAGAGGUAGAAGAAGAAUAGGGUCUGGGCCAGAAUUAGGGUUAGAUUUGCAAAGGGCACCGCAAAGCUUGCGUAAGUGUCCGACUAGUCCAGUGCUUCCGACUCAGUUCAUGAAUGAUGAAGAUUCUCGAUUGAAGCGGUCUCCAAGUCAUCAGUCGCCAAAAUCAGCGCAGCGCACUCCUUUACACGAGACCUCUGGACCCAACAGUAUCUCCUUUAACUCGAGUGAGACUUCGACGCCUGACACUAUUAUUCAAGUAGUGACAACGUCACAAAACUCUCCAGUUAUGCCCAAAUCUUCAAGUUCCAAUAAACUGUCAGACGAAGAAACCAGUUGCAAUGAUGUGACGUGCCGACACUGCUGUAUUAAAAAGACUUGGUGCCAAAAUCCUUCAAUUAGCUCUCAGGACAGCGGUAUCAAUAUGACAUUCACUGAGACCGACUCAUAUUUGGACUUCGUAAAAUGGAGAACUUCCUCAGAUCCGACGACGAAUAAGGCGAAGAAGCCCCAAGGGCGAAUUCGGAUUUGCCAGAAAUACGAGAAGAGCGAGGUGCCAGACAUAAUCGAGGGGGUCCCCGUGUGCUCCGGCGACCACGUCCGGCAGAAGAGGUACGACGAAACCACUGACUCUGGCAAAGUUGCUUUCCAAAUCCCAGACGAAACUGAGAGGCCAAAUAGAUCGGUGACAACAUCAGCAGACCUGAAGAGGUGCAGCAGGUCCUCAAACGCGUCUUCCAGUUGCUCAGACCGCAGCUCACGAUCGAGUGGGUAUGGCACCGACCAGCGCGUGUCCAGUGAAGACCAUUUCUAUGAGAGAAGCGAGUCUGAAUGCCGUUUGCUUAAAGAAGAAUGUGAAUGGGAGGAGGAUGACAGCAGUGCGUGCAGCGACACCUCCCUCACAGACUUCACCAUCGACGAUGAGGGCAAGUGGCACUGCCCUCCUAAGGACAUUUGGAAGGCUACGGUUGAGGCAAUCCACGAGUUCAACAUGAUAAGGCCAAGCGACAAAGUCCUGGUGUGCCUGUCAGGCGGCCGCGCGUCCAUUGCGUUGCUCCACACCAUGCAUCAGUACCAGUUCUACGCUAGGUCCAAGGGAAUCCACUUCAGUAUCGGCGCAUUGUUUGUGCACGAAGACAAAUCAGAUAUGGACCCUCGAUACCUGAUGGCAUACUGCAGAAUGCUCGGGGUCAAAUUCAUCUAUGAAGACAAGGUGGACGUCGAGGGUACACAACGUCGCGGAAGCUCAGGCAAGGUAUCAGAGCUGCACCGCUGGGCGUCGCACGGCGUGCGUCGACGCGCGUAUUCGGCGGCGCGUGCGCACGGCUAUGGUGUGGCGUGUGUAGCCCAGCCUUUGGAUCGGGCAGCAGCUGCUUUCCUGGCCAGUGCCUUCCAUGCUGGUGCGCUGGCUACGGUCAAAGCACAUUAUCGAGUCAAGGAGCACGACCUGCGCAUCAUCAGGCCGUUCAUCUAUGUGCGCGCGCGCGCUUUGGACGCGUUCGCGCGCGCGCGCGGCCUGCCCGACUUCCGUGCGCCGCCCGACCUUGACUCCUCCCCUCCUGACAGUCCCACCAGCAGCGACCAUGGAGAGAACAGCAAAGAGCCAGCACACAUUGAGUGCUCUGUGUCUGACCCGUGCGGUUCGUCGAGCAAGAUCGCGAGCACGUCAACCUGCGCGCUCGCGAGCACGCUCGCCGAGCCCCUCGACUUGGCCCGCAGCCUGUUAGAGUGCCAGGAGCGCGUUCACCCGUUCCUGUUCGCGAGCCUUAAGAAUGCGCUUCAUCCGUUGAUUAGUGCCAGGAACAUCGAGAAAGAUCUGAAAGAGCAUAGACACAGAAAGAAGUCGGUGAUCCAAAUGAAGAACGGAGCCCCCGUCUACGAUUCAGAAGAAGGAACCGACGAGGAACCAGUGCCAUAAGUAACUGACUUUGUGAAAUGACACAACACUAGCCCAGCAGUGGGCAUUUGAGACUUGAAGCUCAACAACGCCAUAGUAAGGAUAAAACGUACGGACGAAGACUUUUAAGUAAGCUACAAAUAAGCUGUCAGAACAAAAAUUGUGCUAUCACAUCGAUUGGUGUGGAUAAACAAACUAUCACUCAUAUUCUUUGGUGACUAAUAAAACGUUGUAACUAAGUAUUUGCGUGCGCAUUUUAACAUGAUUUAAAAUUGUAACCAUUGCUAUGACACAAUUUUUAUUCUGAACAACGUGUCUAGGAGCAAUAAAUACUUAGAAAUCUUCGUCUAAGGAUGAAUAAUAUCCGAUAUUUUUACAUUUAAGACAUGAAUGUUGACUACAGAGAGUUGAUAUUUUUAUGAUGGUGAAAUGAAGAUGGAAACAGAAUAUUUUAGGUUUAGAUGUAUGGUUGUUGCAUUUCGCUACUAUUACAGCGAAGAAUGUUAUGAAUUAUAAAUUCAACUUUGUAAUAAAGGUACAAAUUGUGUUACGUUAAGAAUUUUACUGUAACUGUGGUUCAAUGAGAAAUGAAGGAGUGAAAGCACUUGCAUGAAGAAUGUUACGUGCAUGUUAUUUUUAUAUUUUAUACUUGAUUACUGAUUGAAAAAUAAAUUUAUUUUACUGGGUGUUUUGUUAAUAAGCAGGUCAAUUCUAGAGUAGUCAGCAAUACAUAUUUUUUAUAUCAGAAUGAAUUACUUACGUUUUGACCUCUUAAUUUCAGCACCCAAGCUUGCAUCCAUGUAUCAUUUAAUCACCUAGAAUUUGAAAUUGGCGGCUCUUGAUAUCUAUGAAGCUAGAGAUCUGGCAAAUUAAAAAGAGUCUGAUAUUAUGGUUUUCAUUGGCCUAAUCUUUAGUUGCUUAGCUAUUGGCCUAAUAUUAGUUUUUUCACUUGAAGAAAGUAGGAGUCCCACUUCAUAGUGAGUGCGAACAUGCACAAUAGGUAUAUGUUUUAUUAUUGUUGUCAAUUUCUUAAUUUCUAUUGUGCUAGUUUUGUUCUAAAAAUGUUUAAUUUGUUAAACAGACCAAUUUGUGAUUCCUCAGUGAUUGUUUUGUUUGUAUUGAGACCUUGGGCUGUCGUGAUUACAGUCCUGUGAGCAUGUGUGAGUGAGUUUAUAUUCUGUAUGCUCGGGGUUGCCAUAUUGAUUAAAUAUUAAACUACUAAUUAUAAUUAUUGUUUAAUUUUGAAUAGUUGUGGAAUUGAAAACAAAGUGCAUUUGUUACAGUCUGCUAUGAAUAUUAAUGUUAGGAGUUAUGAUAUUCGAUGUUACUGUAUUAUGGACGUAAAAGGCCGUAAGAUUAGAGUGUUGUAUGGUGACAUUUUAGAAAUCUACUAUUUAUUGUGUCGUGUUGUUCGUAAACAGAAUUAUGGAUUAGUUAGAUAAGUGUUCAUGAAAUUCAGAUUUUAUAAUAGAUCUGUGACAAAGAAUAUUACUAUUUUGAGGAAUAUUAACGGUCUAUUACUAUGGUGUUACAAGAUAUAAUUAUACUUUAAUGUUGUACAAGUUUUCAUAUAAACUAAACAUCAGAAUGGUUAUUUAUGUAUACAAUGGUAGUAAGUAAGAUACCUACAGUAGACUAUAUGAAAGUUAUCAUUGUUAAAAAUUAUUAAGGUAUUUUAUUCAAGUUGCAUAAAUUGUAUUUUAUGUGAUGUUUAAUGAUUUUUACAACGAUUAUUUGCGAUUUGAUGGGAGAGAGCAUGUUUGUAUGGCAACAUUGGCAGUCAGGUUUUGUUUAAAAGCAAAUACAACGAAAUAUGACUGUCAAUGUGUGGACUGAUUAUGUUAUGUUUAUUUUAGCCUUUUUACUCAUAUUAACGAAUGAUUUCAACUUAUUAAAGUUGUUUUUUUAUAAUUCUUUGUUUCAUUUUCUUGUGAUUUUUAAGGAUGGCAAUUAUUUUUGUAUUGCUGAUGUUUAGAAGUAAGCUCCUAUUGAAGUAGGACUAAGUUUAGAAUUAACAUGAAAUG